AUGUCUUACGAUAGAGCAAUCGUCAGCAAGCUUAGCUCGCUUGCCCUCGACUCCAAGCACAAGAUAAUCGUGGGGGUCGACUAUGGCACCACGUUCACAGGAGCGAGCUACGUGAGCUCCAAAGGAAGCGGUUUAAGCGAUAUCAUACUUAUCAGCACCUGGCCCGGUCCCUCGAGGGAUACCGAGACCGUCUUCAAGGCGCCGUCCCGGAUUGCAUAUGCCGCCGAAAACAAUUCACGUGUUACAACGAAUCGCUGGGGUUACCAGGUCGAGCCUGGGAUGUCAUCAUACUCUUGGACAAAAUUGCUGCUGGACCAGGGCGCCCCUCUAACUCAAUAUGAUGAUAGUACCCUUGAAACCGCUUCCAAGACUGGCAUUCUGAAACUGCCAGAAGGGAAAUCAGCGGUUGAUGUCGUUGCUGACUAUUUAUCCGAAGUUUAUCAGCAUAUACUCAAAACUAUCUCCAAAAAUAUCACAGAGGCAGACCUGCUUAUCACUCCACUCGAGUUUUGGUUCACUGUCCCUGCCAUUUGGUCUGAUCGGGCACUGGAUGCUACAAGGACUGCUGCUCAACGGGCUGGCUUUGGGAAAACUUCCCUGCGGCCAAUGGACCAGAUAUUUCUGAUCAGCGAGCCGGAAGCAGCGGCGGUCACAGCGCUGAAGAAGUACACAACCAGUAGUAUGGGAGGAUCUGUCAAGGCAGGAGAUGGAGUUCUUGUCUGCGACUGUGGCGGUGGCACUGUGGACAUUACUACAUAUUUGGUCCUGGAGGUCUUCCCAAAACUGAAGUUCGAGGAACUGUGCACAGGAAUCGGAGGCAAGUGCGGGUCAACCGCAGUCGACCGCAACUUCUACAAGCUGAUGUCGGACCGUUUCGGCGAUGCAUUCGACAACUUACCCACGAAACGAAAGGGCCCUGGCAGUGAAUUUAUGAAAAAAUUUGAGAUCAUCAAGAGAGACUUUGGAAAUUCUGACGAAGAGACCACUUUCGAGUUGCCUCUGAAUAUGACAGUGGCUAACCCAGAUCCAGAGUUCUUCGAUGAAGAGGAGCGAUUAGUCCUUAUUUCCAGUGCUGACUUGCGUUCCAUCUUUGAUCCUGUCAUAGAGCAAAUCGUCAGUCUAGUCCGACAGCAGAUCGCUGAUGCUAGAAAGGAGACUGGCAAAGAUAUCAUUAAUAGAAUAGUUUUGGUUGGCGGAUUUGGCGACUCCGAGUAUCUUCGCAAAGCCUUCAGAACUUCGUUUGGGUCUACGGGCAAGAUCACUAUCACCGUCCCUGAUAGUCCACAAGCUGCCAUUGUCCAAGGAGCUGCACUACGUGGUUUGGAGGGUCUCCAAUCAACGACGAAGCGAUGCCGUCGACACUACGGCUUCAGUUGGGGCAACCGCUUCCGUGCUGGAAUCGACAGUGAACGUAAUGCCUACUAUGAUUCCUAUAGUGGCAAAAAGAUGGUGUCUGGCAUCAUGAAAUGGAUGAUUGCUAAGGGAGCCACAUACACGGAUAAUUACACGAACACCGUAACAGUAUACCGUACGCACUAUGAAGAUUCGACGCUGAGGAAAUUCGACACAUUUUACGCAUGCGAUAUGGCGGAAGCUCCGGAGCGGCAGGAAGACAGAGCUGUGUAUACGGUUGGCGACAUCAUUGUGGACUUUUCCAAUGUGGACUUGGCGAUGUUUCCAUCGAAAGUGAUCAAGGACGAGCGCGUGUAUAAACUCAGCUAUGAGCUUAAAGUCACCUUUGGUGCGCGUGAGGGUGUGCUCAAGUUCGAAGCCCUUAGCCAGGGGCAGACUAUUGGUGAGACAAGCAUCAAUUUUAGCGCAGCCAAGUAUUAUUGA